CGCCAUAGUCAGGUGAUCUGAGCCGGAACUGUUGCCGGCAUAGAAACCGAAAGACCGUGUUUUGGAAGUCUCGGGCUGUCGGGCGCUGCGAUGGCUCCGGACCCCUGGUUGUCAUUGUAUGAUUCCGCUUGCCAUACUGCCCAAGAGCUUGCUGAAAAAAUUCAAGAACGCAACAGAUAUCAGAGGAAUGGUGAAAGUACAGCUAAGCUCAAUGUUACUGCCAAGUCACUGUUGCAAAAUCUUAAAGAAAAGACUGAUCGUCUGAAGGACCUGUUGUUGCACUCUGUAUCAACACGACAAAUAACACAGCUCGAAGGGGACAGACGGCAGAACUUAGUGGAUAACCUUCUUACGCGACACCAACAGCUUCAGGCAUCUUUCAAAAAUGAAGGCAUAGAACCAGAUGUAAUAAGGUCUAGCCUAAUGGCAGGAGGUAUUGGACGAGGUGUAACAAACCCAUGGCUUGUGGAAGAGCCUGAGGAAACAAGAGGGCUUAGCUUUCAUGAUAUCCAGAAGCAGCAACAGAGCAUUAUAGAAGAGCAAGAUGCUGGUCUCGAUGCCCUCUCUUCAAUCUUAGCCCGGCAAAAACAGAUGGGACAAGAAAUUGGAAAUGAGUUAGAGGAACAGAAUGAGAUCAUUGAUGAUCUUGCCAAUUUGGUAGAAAAUACUGACAACAAGGUCCGCAGCCAAACCAGGCAUGUGAUGACGGUGGAAAAAAAGUCAACUUCUUGUGGAAUGAUGGUGGUGAUCGUAUUGCUCCUGAUUGCCAUCGUUGUCGUUUCCGUGUGGCCAACAAAGUAACCAGUGGAGAUACAUUUUGCAGCAAACAUGUUAAUUCCAACUGGAGGCAAAGACAAUUCUGUCUCAGUACUGGCACAUUCUGUGGACUCUAUUGCAUCCAUCUGUGAAGGGAUUUAAUUUUGCAAAAAAUCUCUCUCCAGUAAGAUUUUUCAAGAAUAUAACUGGAAGAAAAUGGAUCGCUUACUGAAGUUCAAGGGAUAAAUACAAUUAAUUCCAAAGACAUUAUCUCUCCCUGCUGGCUAACUGCUUUUGCCUCCGAAAGGCUGGAUCUAUUGUUAACCUCUAGAGUGACUGGUUAAAAUAUUAUUCUUUUUUCUGACAUGGUUCCUUGAAGCUAAAAUUUAUACAUUUCCUUCUGGAUGUCAUAGUAAUGAAUUUUGCAGUAAUUCAGGGCAAGCUCUGAUCCAAGGGUUGAACUACAGUUGCAUUGCAGUGGCAUUUGCUGGCAUCUUUCAAGUAGAGAAAUCCCAGAAAAUCUUUAACAUGAGACAGGAGACAGAAGCAAAUGGGCUGGGAAAAGCAGGCAGAAUUUCUGCCCCAUAAUGUAGCAUCUGACAUCCAUGCUAUGCUGUGUGCCAUUCUUCCUAUAUACUAAUACUGAGGAAGGGAAAUGAUCACUCUACAUGACUUAAAGUUGCAAAAUUUGUCUUUUCUUUAUGUUCUGAAAAGAGUUGAGAAAGUUUGCAAUAGAAAAGAAAUAACUUUCAUCUCCAAAAAUUAUUUUGCUACAUCCAUACAAACUUAACUAGUAGCGUAAUAACAAGACUGAAUAAAAGCCACUUCAUUUCUAUAA